AUGGAACACAGCACUGCGCUAGCAGCUACAGGGCCUGCAAACCUCUGUGAUGGCGUAAGUCUACCUGGCCAGGAAUCGGCCAAGGUGCCAGUGACGGGUGAGCUGAAUAGUACUCUUCAAAGCUUACACAACGUCCGGGGCAAAUUCUAUGGAGUACUCGUCGUGAUUUUCCGGGAUAGUUCCGCUAUCUUGUGCAUUCUUUUUCGAAACGCCAAUUGCGAAGACUACAUGCAAAUGCAAUGUCAACCACAACACCUCGGGUCAAAACGGAAUGUAAGCGUCUGCUUAAUAAUCCUUUUGGUAGCGCGUGCCAUGCGGCAGCUGCCAGCCCGCAUCACCGCCAAGGCGAUAGUGGUGAGCCUGCUGUUUGACCUUGAGCGCGUAAAUGAGCGCAAAAACACCAUUAACAGACAGCUUUUAUAUCUGAUAAACUUUUUUGUGUUAUUAUGCGAGAGACGUGUUGAAAUUACUGUAUUAGGAAGGCUAGGUGAAAAGCGGCAAGAAGCGGCAAUUUGA